ACCAAGGACUCUUCGUGCUAUUGUGGUGCCAAUCUUCCACCAAGCUCUACAUCUGUAGACAAUUCCACAUGUACUAUUACAUGCCCUGGUUAUCCUUCCGAUCUCUCAUCAUCUUCAUCAUCCUCUUCAGGUCCUAGCAAAGCAGGCAUCGCUGCAGGCGUCGUUAUCGGCAUUGUUGUACUUGGAGCAAUUGCAGGAGGUGCAUAUGUGUUCAUCAGAAACAAGCGCAGACGUGAAGUCGAGGAUGAGUACAGGAGAAAUGCGGCUGUGAGCAGCUUCAUCGGUGGUGGCAAGCCUCCUACCAGCAGUGGUGGUGCCUCUUCAUUCACCGAUAUGCGCCUUGACCCUGCGGUCAUGGCUCAACGACGAAUGAGUGAUGGUAGCAUUGCUGACAACCAAGAUUAUUCAAGGAGGAUUCUUAAGGUA